UGUACAACUCAAGGUAACAGCGCUGCAUUCUGCGCAUGCGCUCCAUCCGCCAUGUGAACAGAAUCGGACGCUGUGAUUGGCUGGGCGGGAGAGCAGUGCAGCCUAUUAGUGAGGUUUCGGUUGCCUAGCAAUAGGAGGUAAACGGAAUGAGCCCAUAGCGGAGCUGGCACUGCCGAGGUCUCAGAAAAAAAGAUGGAUAAAGCCACCAAAGUGCUUCCCCCUUCCCGAGGAGUAACGAUGCUUUCGCCUCAACCUCUGGCAUCUCCCAUCGAGAGCUACAAGAAAAAGCAGAGUAAAAUGAGCAAGAAGAUGCUGGACCCAGGUCGAAAGAAGUUAAAAUCAGUAGAGACACAGCGAGUUAUUGCAGUGCUCGAUGAGACAAUUAAAAGGUUGGAAUUGGUCAGCCUUUUCCAGUAUGCAGCCAAUAACCUGGAUCAAUUCAGUUUCAUUUUUGGUUCAAAGUUGACAGGGGCCAUUCGUGAGUAUCAGAGGCUGCAGGAGAGACUGCAGAUGCAACUUAGACGCCUGAGUACAGAAAGUGAAGGAAAAGAAGAUGAUUGUAUCCUACUGGAAGGGAAAUUUCCAACUGAAAGCACAGAGUCGAAGCUCUCUGUACUUCAUGAAGGCAUUAGGAGCAAUAUAAGAAACAUAUUGAGAAUUUUCCGCGAUAAUCCGGCAGCCAGUGAAACCUUGAGAUCAAAAGGCAAUGCACGUGAUCCAACAUCUCAGAAUCUGAUACAGACAUUCUCAGAUCUCAGAAGUUGCAUAUAUGAGAUGCUCUUGAAUAAUCCUUUUGAGCAGGAAGAACAAAUGCGUUACUUCCAUAAAAUUGCUUCACGUGACCAGAAAAACAAGGUCAUUCUGGCAUCUUUGGAAGAAGAGGUUAAUGCAGCCAUUCUUGAUCGGGAUGCUGAGAUUUCCAGGACAAAUGAAAUUAUUCGACAGCUUAAGAUAAACCUGCAUCAUAUGGAAAUAUCGUCAGAGAAUCAGGUGAAGAACAUAACGCAAGAAUCAGAGACGCAACAGAAAGCAGACCGUCGCGCUUCUGAAAUAAAGUGUGCUAAGCUUCAGCAAGACCUCAAGCAACUAAGAUCCCAGCUUAGUGCCACUAUUGCUGAAAACCAAGAGAUAGAGAUAAAACUAAGAAAGAAAGAAUAUAGGCUGGAAGCAGAACUGGAGCACUGGAUAGAGAAAUAUGAUGCGGAUAUGGGAAAGAAGCAGGCGGAGCUGGAAGAGAUUGAAGGUCCUUACACAGAGGAGAAAGCCCAACUGGAGGAGUUAACAGAGAAGCUGUCUGUGAUGGAGGUUGAAUACCUUCAGAUUAUAGAGGAGAGGCGACUUGCACAGCUAGAGAAGGAGGCAGCAGAAAAGGAAUUGGCCAAUAGAAACAGAGCUGCCACUGUAAUUCAGGCCCAUUGGAAAGGCUUCCAAGUGCGCAGAAAAAUAAAACCGAAGAAGAAGAAAAAGAAGAAAGGGAAGGGAAAAGGGAAAGGAAAGGGAAAGGGUAAAAAAAAAUAAGAAUAAAAAGAGGCUACACUGAUGACCGAUAUUAAUGCAUCUUUAUCCAAUAUCCAUUUAAUUGAGUGGAUGAUUCCUUUCUGUACUAAUUUUCAAUCUUUUUUUAAUCUUUUGUUUUCUAGGUUUUUGGAAUUGGGGUGCCAUAAUU